AUGCAUCCCCUCGGCCCCUUCGCGCCUCUUCUGGCCCACUCGGCCGGCAAGACGUGUCCCAGCGACUCGCCGCUCUCGUGCCACAACUCGUCAGCCGUCGUCGAUACCUGCUGCUUCAUCCCGGCCGGUCAGCUGCUCCAGACGCAGUUUUGGGACACGCACCCCCCGACGGGGCCGUCUGACUCGUGGACCAUCCAUGGCCUCUGGCCCGACAACUGCGACGGCUCCUACCCGACGGCCUGCGACACGGACCGCGUCUACACCAACCUCAGCGACGUGCUCACGGCCGCCGGCGCACGCUCGACGCUCGACUACAUGGACCGAUACUGGAAAGCCUACCGCGGCGCCGACGACACCCUGUGGGAACACGAGUGGGCCAAGCACGGCACAUGCAUCAGCACCCUCGCGCCCAGCUGCUACGGCGCGCGCUACCGCCCGGCCGAGGAGGCGGCCGCCUACUUUGUGCGCGCCGUGGGGCUCUUCAAGACGCUGCCGACGCACGAGUGGCUCGCCGACGCGGGCAUCGAGCCGUCGUACCGGCGCUCGUACUCGCGCGACGAGAUUCAGGACGUGCUGUCGGAGCGGCACGGGGCGCCCGUGACGCUUCGCUGCAGGCGCGGGGCCAUUAAUGAGGUGUGGUAUCACUUCAAUGUUCGCGGGUCGCUGCAGGAUGGCGAGUUCGUUGCGGCUGAUCCGGAUGGACCGAAGAGCUCUUGUCCAUACACGGUUCGGUACCUGCCCAAGGCUCGGCGGUGGAAUGAACAGGCUGCCGUGUAG